UGUACAGCUGCUGAUGUUGAGCAUCGGAAAAAAAGACAAGCCAUGGAUUCUGUCCCGAGGUCUUUAGGCCUUACAGCAUCGCGGAGAUUAAUUAUACGGUCUUCUGACUCCUAGAAUAAUGGGGAAAAGAGGGGACUGGAAUCCUUGGAGGACCUUAGUUCAUUUCUUUGAGGCGACGGACAUUUCUGAAUGAGAGCAUUUGAUCCGUACUAUCUGACCCAAUGGCGAAGAAAGGACGUUCCAAGGGCGAGAAACCCGAAGUUCUAAUAUCUGCCUUGCAGGCAGCCAACGAAGAUCUCAGGUCCAAACUGACUGACAUUCAAAUAGAGCUGCAUCAAGAGAAAUGCAAGGUGAGUAAGCUAGAGCGGGAGAAGGUGCAGGAGGGGAAGAGGAUCCGGGAGCAGGAGCAGCACCGGCACACAGCCGCGCUGACGGAGCAGCGGGCCAAAUGGCACGAGGAGAAGCAGAAGGAGCUGCAGACCCUGCGGGAGACACUGGUGCGGCAGCACGAGCAGGAGCUGGCCCGCUCCGCCAAGAUCAAGGACGGCGAGAUCCAGCGGCUGAAGGCGGCGCUCAGCUCCAUGCGGGACGGCAGCGGGGAGAAGGUGCGCACCGCCCUGACGCUGGAGGCCAAGGAGGAGGCCAGGCGCUUCUUUGACUCGGAGCGCGUCCGGCUGCUCCAGGAGAUCGCCGAGCUCAAGACCUCCAAGAAGCAGACAGACGAGGCGCUCAGCAACAUGAUCCAGGCCGACAAGAUGAAGGCCGGCGACCUGCGCAGCGAGCAUCAGAUGCACCAGGAGCAGAUCUCCAAGAUCAAGUGGGACUGUGAGCGUGACAUCAGGAGACUGGUGGAUGAGAUCAAGUCCAAGGACCGCACCAUAUUCUCCCUGGAGAAGGAGCUGGAGACGGCCACGGGCUUUGUGCAGAAGCUGCAGCUGCAGAAGGAUGCCCUGGACGAGCAGCUGUUCCUGGUCAAAGAGGCAGAGUGCAACCUGGGCAGCCCUAAGAGGGAGAUCCCGGGCCGGGCGGGAGAUGGUGCAGAGCACUGUGGCAGCCCGGACAUGCGCAGGAACCAGAGGCGCAUCGGCGAACUGAACGCCACCAUCCGCAAACUGGAGGACCGCAACACGCUGCUGGUGGACGAGAGGAACGAGCUGCUGAAGCGUGUGAGGGAGUCCGAGAAGCAGUGCAAGCCCCUGCUGGAGAAGAACAAGCUGCUGAGCCGCAGGAACGACGAGCUCACCCAGUCCCUGCAGCGGCAGGAAGAGAAGCUCAAGGCCCUCACCAAGGAGAACCUGGAGAUGAAAGAGAAGAUCAGUUCGCACCCGCCCCUGAAGAAGCUCAGGUCUCUGAACGACCUGGACCAGGCGCACGACGAGCAGGAGAUCGAGUUCCUGAAGCUGCAGGUCCUGGAGCAGCAGAACAUGAUCGACGAGCUGACACGAGACAGGGAGAAGCUACUGCGCAGAAAGAGGCAUAAACGAAGCUCCAGGCCCAUAAAGAGGCACAUCGUAGUGGACACAUUCUUCGGGUACGACGAGGAGUCCAUGGACUCGGAAUCCUCUUCAGUUGCCUCCUUCCGGAUGGAUCGCACGCCAGCGACUCCAGACGAAGACCUGGAUGAGGGUUUGGCUGCAGAGGAAUCAGAGCUGCGGUUCCGACAGCUGACCCGAGAGUACCAGGCCCUGCAGCGGGCCUAUGCCCUGCUCCAGGAGCAGAAGGGGGGCAUCCUGGAUGCUGAGAUGGAGGCGAAGGCUCAUGAGCAGCUGCAGGCAGAUGUUCUCAGGUACAAGGCCAAAAUCGAGGACCUUGAGAAGGAGCUCACACAGAAAGGACAGGACUCAAAAUGGGUGGAGGAAAAGCAGCUGUUCCUCAGACGAAACCAGGAGCUUCUCGAAAAGGUUGAGAAGCUGGAGGCAGAUCUCGGUCGAGUCCAGCAGGAGCUGCAAGACUCCAAGGACCAGAAUGAGCUGCUUGAAUUCAGAAUCCUGGAGUUAGAGGAGCGGGAACGGAGAUCGCCCCCCUUCAACCUCCAGAUUCACCCCUUCUCAGAGGGGGUCAGCGCCUUGCAGAUUUACUGCAUGAAGGAGGGGGUGAAGGAUGUGUGUAUUCCUGACCUCAUCAAACUCCUGGAUAUCCUCGGCGAUAAUGGGAACUUACGAAAUGAAGAGCAGGUGGCCAUCAUCCAAGCCAGCACUGUUCUGUCUCUGGCAGAGAAGUGGAUCCAGCAGAUUGAGGGCACAGAGGCAGCAUUGCACCAAAAGAUGAUGGACCUGGAGCUGGAGAUGGAAAUGUUCUGUAAGCAGAAAGGCUAUUUGGAAGAAGAGCUGGACUACAGGAAGCAAGCCCUAGACCAAGCUUAUAUGCAAAUCCAGGAGCUGGAGGCCACGCUGUACAAUGCACUGCAGCAGGACACGGUCAUCAAGUACGGCGAGCCGCUGAGCGACAAGCAGAAAGACGAGCUGCGCACGGCCGUGGAGAAGCUGCGGAGGCAGAUGCUGAGGAAGAGCCGGGAGUACGACUGCCAGGUCCUGCAGGAGAGGAUGGAGCUCCUGCACCAGGCUCACCAGCGAAUCCGGGAUCUGGAAGAUAAAACAGACAUUCAGAAGAGACAAAUCAAAGACCUGGAGGAGAAGUUUCUGUUUCUAUUCCUGUUCUUCUCCCUUGCCUUUAUUCUUUGGCCUUGAUGCCCGUGACGUCAGCUGCAGAGACAGUGUGGCAGUGUGGGGACGUUGUACACGACAGCAGCUUAUUCUCUCCAUCUUGUGAUGAACCAAGCCUUGUUUACAGCUCUCAAUGUGUUCGUAGCAAAGGUUGCUCUGACUGGAUUGUAGUGCGACAGAUGGGUGUUUGGAGGUUUGACUCGUUUCCAUGGAUACCCCCAUCUGAAGUUCCGCUAUAUAUGCUGCAUUGGCCUGACCUGACCCUGCGGCAACUCGUCGCGGGGACCUGUAACUUUGGUGGGACUGAAUGGAACGGAACCCCUCGGCCCGACCCCUCAAGCAAACCCAUCUCAGAUAUCAAGCCAAACCAAAGUUGGGAAGAUCUUAUCUCUGCCGUGCAGGGGAGCGCAACACCACCUAACCACAUCUCAAGACAAUAACACUGGGACAGUGCACCCAUGAAGGGAGAAGGCUUCCUCCUCCACCCCAACCCACACACACUCUAUGGCUGACUGAAAAUGUCCUGCAUAUGCCUCCUCUCUCUUUCUCUCUCUCUGUCUCUCUCUCACUCUCUCUCACACACACACACACACACACA